GGAAAGAGAAGGGAGCCCCCGCCCCUACCUUUGGGCGCAGCCAGGCACGGGUGUAAAUACGGCUCGCCUGAGCCGCCCUGCUCCAAAGCCCGCUGGUGGCGCCCUGAGUGUCCCAGCUCCCCAGCUUCUAGACAGGGGUGUGGGCAUUGCACAGGACCCGAGAGCCUGAACCUUCAGCCCCGGGGGGAUCUCCUAGGACACCCGGACACCCACCAGGACAGCGGGUGCAGCGCGGCGUGCGCUCCUCCGGGCGCCAGUGGCAGCUGGCUGCGCGUGUGUCCCUAAGCGGAGCAGAGCAGCUGGGUGGCCGAGGGCAUGGCGCCCACUCUGAAGCAGGCGUAUCGGAGGCGCUGGUGGAUGGCCUGCACCGCAGUGCUGGAGAACCUCUUUUUCUCUGCGGUUCUCUUGGGCUGGGGGUCUCUGCUGAUCAUCCUAAAGGCCGAGGGCUUCUAUUCCAGCAUCUGUGCAGACACCAACGCCACCAACGCCACCCAGGACCUGCUGCCCAGCUGUGACCGCCAGGAUGAGAUGCUCAACCUGGGCUUCACCAUAGGUUCCUUCGUGCUCAGCGCCACCACCCUGCCUCUGGGGAUCUUUAUGGACCGCUUUGGCCCCCGGCCAGUGCGGCUGGUGGGCAGUGCCUUAUUUGCUGCUUCCUGCACCCUCAUGGCCCUGGUCUCUUGGAACACCAGAGAUCUGUCUCCGUUAAUUUUCCUGGCACUGUCCCUGAAUGGCUUUGGUGGCAUCUGCCUAACGUUCUCUUCACUCACGCUGCCUAAUAUGUUCGGGAACCUUCGCUCCACCUUCAUGGCCCUCAUGAUCGGCUCCUAUGCCUCCUCUGCCAUCACCUUCCCAGGAAUCAAGCUCAUCUACGACGCCGGCGUGCCCUUCCCAGUCAUCAUGUUCACCUGGGCUGGCCUGGCCUGUCUCAUCUUCCUGAACUGUGCCCUAAACUGGCCCAGCGAGUCCUUUCCUGCUCCUGAGGAAGCCACCUACACGAAGAAGAUCAAGCUGAGCGGGUUGGCGCUGGAUCACAAGGUGACAGGGGACCGCUCCUACGUGCACGUGACCAGUGUGGGCCAGCGGCUAAGCCAGAAAUCCCCCAACCUGGAGGAGGGGGCUGAAGUCUUCAUCUCAUCCCAGGAUGUCCACAGCACCACUGAAAAGUCUCCUGAGAAGUCUGUCCCCUUCCGCAAGAGUCUCUGCUCCCCCAUUUUCCUGUGGAGCCUCCUGACCAUGGGCAUGACCCAGCUUCGGGUCAUCUUCUACAUGGCCGCCAUGAACAAGAUGCUGGAGUACCUGGUGACUGGUGGCCCGAAACACGAGACAGAGGAACUGAAGCUGAAGGCGGCAGAGACAGUGGGUGUCUACACCAGCAUCUUUGGGAUCAUGCAGCUGCUGUGUCUUCUCACCUGCCCCUUCAUCGGGUACAUCAUGGACUGGAGGAUCAAGGACUGCGUGGACACCCCCAGUUCGUGCACCGCCCCUGGAGACACCAGGGACGGGCUUGCCACUAGAUCUGCUCGACCUCGCUAUAGCAAGAUCCAGAAGCUCACCAACGCCAUCAACGCCUUCACCGUGACCAACCUCUUGCUUGUGGGCUUUGGCAUCACCUGCCUUAUCAGCAACUUACAACUGCAGUUUCUGACGUUUGUCCUGCACACCAUGGUCCGUGGUUUCUACCACUCAACCUGUGGAAGCCUCUACGCUGCCGUGUUCCCGUCCAACCACUUCGGGACGCUGACGGGCCUGCAGUCGCUCAUCAGUGCCUUGUUUGCUCUGCUACAACAGCCUCUCUUCAUGAUAGUGGUGGGGCCUUUGAAAGGAGACACCUUCUGGGUGAAUCUGGGCCUUCUGCUCUUCUCACUUCUGGGAUUCCUGCUGCCUUCCUACCUCUUCUACUACCGUGCCCGGCUCCAGAGGGAGUACACCACCUUGUCAGAGGCCCCGCUGAAGGCCCUCAGCAACUCCGAGGUGACCGCGUAGCCCUCCCGAGUCCCAGAGGACCAGGCCACCAAAACCUGAGCAACCAAAGGGAAUGAACGCCACCUUGCACGGCUUGUCUACCUGGAACAGACGCACAGAGCCAGGGCCCGUGGGUUUAUAAAUACCGAAAGAAGUUCUAUUUUUGUAGGGACUUGCUAAAAAGGGGGGGAGGGGGAACCCUAGCGGGGAGAAAAAUACAAAAAAAAAAAAAACAACCCAAACCAACGCUCCAUUGACUGAAGAGAGCCCGGUACUAAAAGAUUCAGGACAUCUUCCUCCUGGGAUUGGAAGCAGCCAGGAAGGAGCUGGACUGCCCUUUCUCUGGGCCUGCCUCUUGGCACAUAGGCUGCCCUGAGGCCUCGGGCAAGUGUGCACGUGUGUAUGUGUGUAUGUGCGUGUAAAUUACCUUUCCCUCCAAGGCAGGGGGCCAGAGGUGCUGACUGGGCCCCCGCAUGUCCUGUGUGGACCGUUAGCCCCUCCUGGGGCCUGGAGGGCAGGUUCCCUCCCUGGUGCUGCUUCUUGCAGGUCUUAGAGGAAAUAAAAAGGGAAGUGAGAGA